CUCUGUUUAAUAUAAAAAGGCUCCCAUAAACCAGUCUUCCUACAUUUUGUGUUUUAAUUACACGUUCGCUACCACUAUUAAAAAUGUAUCUCACGAAUGAUGUAAGCAGUUUUUUUCGUGACCAGAAAUUUGAGACAUUUUUAAUGAUAAAGCUCGCAAACUAAACCGCAAGUGCUAAAAAAUUAACAAAUAAGCGGCAAUACAGGCAAAGACAAUAAACGUAUAAUUUGCAAUAAAAGUGUUGGUUGUGUGGCGAGCACAGUGAAUGGCCGGGAGCAAAUUGAAGCAGCGGCAUAAGUGCGAAAUGACAUUGUGACUGAUCGUUUCGAGUUAAUUGUGACUAUAAAAUAAUUAAGUAUUUAAAAUGAUGACUGAUAUAGAAGAAGCAGAAGUGAAGAAGGUUCAAUCAGAAAUUGAUAAACACGAAAGUGACAAAGUUCAAGUGGAUUUUUCAGAUGCUGCUAAGAAAUUAGCUGAAGGACUUUUAAACAUUUAUCAAUUGCCACUGGAACAAGUUCAGAAAGAACUUAAUGAAGCAACGAGCAAACAAGAGGCUUUACUUACUCAGAUGCAAGUUGAAAACAAAAAGCUUCAAGAAACAUUUGAAAAUGUUAACUUAAACGAAAUGUUUCAAACUAUUAAAGUUUAUCAAGGAAAACUAACUUCAAUGAAGAAAGAGAUGGCUUUAAUCCAUGAACGAACAUUUAAAUUAAAAAAACGAGCAUUGAGAUUGCAACUAGUGAAACAAAAGGAGGCCUUGAACAGGGAACAACAAAGAGAACAAGAAAUUCGUCGUGAACAAGAGUUAAUUGGUAAACCCAUAGUGAGUUAAGAUUAUCCUUAGAUGUACAAGAGAACAAUGCAUUUAUGCAUUCAUUUACAAUGAAAUUUACAUAUAAAGUCGUUCAAUCGA